UCAGCAGAUCACCGAUCAACGGAAAGAGCCGAAGAUGUAGGCUCGGUCAUGUGAUCAGCUGUGUCCAAUCACAGCUGACUGCACUGAUCAUCAGGGCACUGAUGAUCAGUGUGCCCUGAUGAUCAGUGUAGCCCCAUCAGUGCCACCUGUCAGUGUCCAUCAAUGCCAGCUAUCAGUGCUCAUCAAUGCCACCUGCCAGUGCCCAUCAGUGCCUCAUCAAUGCCACAUAUCAGUGCCUACCAGUGCACAUCAAUGCUACAUAUCAGUGUCCAUCUGAGCUGUCUUUCGGUGUCACCUAUCAGUGCCAGUCAGUACCACCUAUCAGUGCGCAUCAGUGCCACCUGUCAGUGCCCAUCAGUGCCGCCUGUCAGUGCCGCCUAACAGUG